AUGGAACAAAUUGUGGAAUCUCUUCAAUAUUUUGGAUUUUUGGGGUCCCUGGUUCUAAAUUCAUUUCUAUUGUUUUUACUGCACACUCGAGCUCACAGAAAUUUUGGAAAAUAUCGUAUUCUAAUGAUAGUUUUCUGCCUAUUCGCUAUUGUGUAUUCACUUGUGGAGGUGCUAACGUUACCUGUGAUGUUUGUCAAAGGAAGAUCACUGUGCGUUUGCUCUAACGGACCAUUAAGAUUGUAUCGUCCAAUUGGAGUCCCAUUGACAUCGAUCUACUGUGGUUCCUUCGGGAUGUGCAUUUCACUUUUAACACUUCAUUUCUUCUACAGAUAUGUUGCAGUUUGCAAACCAGACAAGAUGCGUUACUUUAAUGGGAAACAUAUUUUCCUCACAUUUUCACCGUCAUUGUUUAUAUUUGUCACGUGGUCCAUGACAACUUAUUGGCCAAUGGCACCCGACGAGAUGAGAGAGAUUCAUUAUCAUGACGUCUUGAUGAAAACUUUUCAAACAAAUUCUUUUGAAGCAUCGUUUGUGGCAAUGAUGUUCCAGGAUCCUCAAACUAGUACAUGGUUACCAUCUCAAUUACUUUCCUGUGCCUACAUGAGCUUUCUAAUGAGCGUAUGCUUUUCUGUGAUUGUUUUUUGUGGAUAUCAAGCUUUGAAACAAAUGAGAAGCCACGCAUCUCACAUGAGCUCAAAAACAAAAGAGCUCAACAAGCAGCUAUUUAUGACUCUUGGCAUUCAGACAUUACUACCAGUUUUCACAAUGUAUAUACCAGUGGGAUGCCUAAUGAUUUUACCCAUGUUUGGAAUAGAAUUAGGAGCAGCUGCCAACAACGCUGCAGCCUUCCUUGGCCUGUACCCCGCUCUGGAUCCAUUAGUUGCAAUUUUGUUAAUCAAGGAUUUUCGAAAUUUUGUUUUCUGCAAAUCUGUUACAAGUACCUAUGCAUCUGCAGUUUCUAACACAGCUCCACCUUCAAAGAUUUUGCAAGCUUCGAGAAACCAAAGUCAAAAUAAAUAA